AAAGUCUUUGGAUUCUUGGUAGUUUUUUUCUCACCAUAUCCACACCUGUGCUGCUGGUUUGUGUGUGUGUGCCUGUGUAGUACACGCUAUUCUUCUUACCUUGUGAGCGAGAGAGCUCGCUCUCGGCGUCGGCGUGCGUCGCGGCGCGCCUUAUCCAGCAAAUGGCGCGGCGGCGCGCGGCGGCGGCGGUGGUGAUGGUGGUGGCGGUGGUGGCGGUGGCGGUGGCGAAGGAGUGCACGAACAUUCCCACGCAGCUGUCGUCGCACACGGUGCGGGCGCGGCUGCAGUCGUCGUCGGCGGCGGAGUGGCGGUGGCGCGAGGAGUACUUCCACGGCGACCACCUCAACCCCACCGACGAGGCGGCGUGGAUGGACCUCAUGCCGCUCGCGGCGGCGUCGGCGUCGGAGUUCGACUGGGCGAUGCUGUACAGGUCGCUCAAGGGCGCCGCCGUCGCCGGAGACGAAGGCGGCGGCGGCGGCGGCGGAGGGUUUGGGUUCCUGGAGGAGGUGUCGCUGCACGACGUGCGGCUGGACAUGGACGGCGGCGGCGACGGCGUGUACGGGCGAGCGCAGCAGACGAACCUGGAGUACCUGCUGCUGCUGGAGGUGGACAGGCUGGUGUGGAGCUUCAGGACGCAGGCCGGGCUGCCGGCGCCGGGGAAGCCGUACGGCGGAUGGGAGGGCCCCGACGUCGAGCUCCGCGGCCACUUCGUCGGGCACUACCUGAGCGCGGCGGCGAAGAUGUGGGCGAGCACGCACAACGGCACGCUCGCCGGCAAGAUGGCGGCGGUGGUGGACGCGCUGCACGACUGCCAGGCGGCGGCCGGCACCGGCUACCUCUCCGCCUUCCCCGCCGAGUUCUUCGACCGCUUCGAGGCCAUCCGCCCCGUCUGGGCGCCCUACUACACCAUCCACAAGAUCAUGCAGGGCCUGCUGGAUCAGCACACGGUGGCCGGGAACGGCAAGGCGCUCGGCAUGGUGGUCGCCAUGGCCGACUACUUCGCCGGCCGCGUGAGGAGCGUCAUCCAGAGGUACACCAUCGAGAGGCACUGGACGUCGCUCAACGAGGAGACCGGCGGGAUGAACGACGUCCUCUACCAGCUGUACACCAUUACUAAAGACCAGAGGCAUUUGGUGCUGGCUCAUCUUUUCGACAAGCCUUGCUUUCUAGGAUUGCUUGCAGUUCAGGCUGACAGUCUUUCGGGUUUUCAUGCAAAUACACACAUUCCUGUUGUCAUCGGUGGGCAAAUGAGAUAUGAAGUUACUGGUGAUCCUCUUUACAAGGAGAUUGCAACAUUCUUCAUGGACAUAGUUAAUUCUUCUCAUAGCUAUGCCACUGGUGGCACAUCUGUCAGUGAGUUCUGGUCAAAUCCAAAACAUUUAGCUGAGGCUCUAACCACUGAGACUGAGGAGUCCUGUACUACCUACAACAUGCUUAAGGUUUCUCGCCACCUAUUCAGAUGGACAAAGGAAAUUGCGUAUGCAGAUUACUACGAGCGAGCACUGAUAAAUGGUGUCCUAAGCAUUCAGAGAGGAAGAGAUCCUGGUGUGAUGAUCUACAUGCUACCCCAGGGCCCUGGAAGAUCUAAAGCAGUAAGCUACCAUGGGUGGGGAACACAGUACAAUUCAUUUUGGUGUUGUUAUGGAACUGGGAUAGAAUCAUUCUCCAAGCUGGGGGAUUCUAUCUACUUUGAGCAGAAAGGAGACAAGCCAGGGCUCUACAUUAUUCAGUACAUACCGAGCACAUUUAACUGGAGAACUGCAGGUCUUACUGUUACUCAACAAGUGAAGCCCCUCAGCUCAUCAGAUCAGUAUCUUCAAGUCUCACUUUCCAUUUCUGCUGCAAAGACAAACGGGCAAUAUGCAACACUGAAUGUGAGAAUACCAUCAUGGACAUCAAUGAAUGGUGCAAAAGCAACUCUGAAUGACAAAGAUCUGCAAUUAGCAUCUCCAGGGACUUUCCUCACAAUCAGCAAGCAGUGGGAUAGUGGUGAUGAUCACUUGCUACUCCAGUUCCCAAUUAACCUAAGGACAGAAGCAAUAAAAGACGAUCGGCCACAGGUAGCAUCUCUGAAUGCGAUCCUGUUCGGGCCGUUCCUCCUCGCCGGCCUCACCACCGGCGACUGGGACGCGAAGACCGGCGGCGCCGCCACCGCGGCGUCGGACUGGAUCACCCCCGUCCCUGCCUCGUACAACUCCCAGCUGGUCACGCUCACGCAGGAGUCCGGCGGGAAGACCAUGCUCCUCUCCACCGUGAACGACACCUCCCUGGCGAUGCUGGAGCGGCCCGAGGGCGCCGGCGGCACGGACGCCGCCGUGCGCGCCACGUUCAGGGUGGUGCCGCCGGGCUCGAGGGCCGAGCUGCGGCAGCGCGCCGGCGCCGGCGCCGGCGAAGGCGCGGCGAGGCUCAAGGUCGCCGCGGCGACGAUCGAGCCGUUCGGCCUGCCGGGGACGGCGGUGUCGAACGGCCUCGCCGUGGUGCGCGCCGGGAACAGCUCGAGCACGCUGUUCAACGUCGCGCCGGGGCUCGACGGGAAGCCCGGCUCCGUCUCGCUCGAGCUCGGGAGCAAGCCGGGGUGCUUCUUGGUCGCCGGCGCCGGCGCGAAGGUGCAUGUCGGCUGCAGGACACGCGGCGGCGCCGCCGCCGCCGCAGCCGCAGGAUUCGAGCAGGCGGCGAGCUUCGCGCAGGCCGAGCCACUGCGGCGGUAUCAUGCGAUCAGCUUCUUCGCCAGCGGCGUGAGGAGGAGCUUCCUCCUCGAGCCAUUGUUCACCUUGAGGGACGAGUUCUACACCAUCUACUUCAACCUUGCAGCCUGACAAAUAACUAUGGAUCAUAUUGCACUAAUCUGAUUGGUGCAAAUUGCUGCAAGUCUGCAAUUGUGAUGCACCCUUUUGUGUCUAGAGAAAACUUUUGAUGUGUCAGCCAGUGAAGAAUUGAUCAUCAAGACUGAAAAUCAAUCAUACAGUUGCGACAGAUGAGAAUACGAGAUCCAAGAUCUGGUGACAGCGAGGAGACAAUCGAGACAUUCAAUGGCAGAUCCACAAUCAAAAUAAAGAAAAAGAACAAACAUAGAACAUAAAUGAAAAUUUGUGUAGCUGUAGCAAGCGAAGAUAUUGAUCACGGAACCAAACAUUUAUGAUAUUCACCUUUUGUUUGAUCUUUUUUACCAUCUAUUUCAUUUAGUUGCAUAUUCAAACCUAACAGACAACCAAAAAUAGAUCACAUAGAGAAGCUCCACAUGCAAAAGUAUAUAUUCCAGUGUAUAAUAUCCAGGUAAAGCCAAAGCCUACACAAACCAACCACAGAACCACAUUCUCACCAGGUCACCUAAACUUCUAAACAAGUCUUUGUGGGAGAUAUCCAGGUAGUAUAUAUAUUGUGAAUCCUCACCCAGAGUUUACCAUGUAGAAGAUUGAGAUGUACUGCACACAGGAAUGGUCAUCAGUACCAUAUAACGGACGAUUGCUGAUUACUAUUACUGGUUGCAAUGUAACACUUCGGAUACAAUAGUACAUUACAGAGCUAGCUAAAUGCGAAGCCACAAUACCGUCAGCGCAAGACGAUCAUAAAUAAAGCUUACACAACAUAGCCAACAUGCAAACCAUUCGGACUGACCAGAGAUGAGGGUUCUUGAAGCUGCCGUGGUGUGCCAUGCAUCACAAAUGCCGAACAACUAGAUUGUAGCAGCCAACAUGAAAGGAAAAGGCAUGGAUAAUGCAGCAAAGAUGGAUGAUGAAGACCGCAGAUUGUGACGCUUCGUUCACCAACCAUAUGAAACCCCUAAAUUUUGUCAAGUUUCUCCGCCUUCACCACCGGAUUAGCCUUGGCAAUAGCAUCCCUAGCAGCGGUCCGAUAGUCAAACUGGCAGUCAUGCUUAUCGGAAUAGCGGUGCAUUGCGCAGUACAAGUUGCCACAUCGGCAGUUGAAUCCGGUAAGACCAACCCUCUUCCGACAAGUGGAGCACCGAUUUGGUCCUUCCCUCCCCUUGGGGUUCA